ACCAUAGAUAAAAGAAAAUAAUCUUCUAUUUGUAUAACCUAAUAUUUUGUUGUCAUUUUUUUAAACAUAGAUUUUAACAGAAAAUUAAAAGUUUAAAUUUUGAAUUUGAAUGUUUGUUUAUGGUACAUUUUAAAAAUGUCUGUGCUAUAUAAUAAUACAUUAUUGGGAAGGACAUGUUUAAACGUUUAUCGAAAGGCAGGAGCAUAUCAAAUUCGGUUUAAAAACACAGGGGCAAAAUUACUUUAUAACGAUUAUGGAGAUCCAAUUAAAGUUAUUAAUAAGGAGACUGUCGAACUGAAAAAACCAAGUCGAAAUGAAAUAUUAGUGAAAAUGAUUGCAGCACCAGUAAAUCCAGCUGACAUAAAUACAAUUCAAGGAAAAUAUCCUUCCAAACCAUCAUUACCAGCAAUUCCUGGCAAUGAAGGUGUAGGUCAGAUAAUAGAGUUAGGUCCAGAUGUAACAGAUUUUACCGAAGGCGAUCACGUUGUGCCUAUAGCAUCUAAUUUAGGUACAUGGCAGACGCAUUUACUUGUUACAAAAGAUCAAGUUUUUAAAGUUCCAAAAAAGUUAGGUAUAGUAGAAGCAGCUACUCUUACAGUUAAUCCAUGCACUGCAUUUAGAAUGCUCAGAGACUUUGCAGCUUUAAAACCUGGAGAUACAAUUAUUCAAAAUGGAGCUAAUUCAGCUUGCGGGCAAAAUGUUAUUCAAAUAUGCAGAACAUGGGGAAUUCGAACAGUUAAUGUUGUUAGGGAUAGACCAAAUAUAGAUGAAUUAAAGAAUUACCUCAUAAGUUUAGGAGCUAAUUUUGUUCUAACAGAAGAGGAACUAAGGACCACAGACAUUUUUAAAAAAGGGGAAAUAGAUAAACCAAGAUUGGCAUUAAAUUGUGUCGGAGGUAAAAAUGCCUUAGAGUGUCUCAGAUAUCUUCAGAAUGGUAGUCCUAUGGUUACUUAUGGUGGAAUGUCAAGAGAACCUUUAAGUAUCCCUACUUCUGCCUUAAUUUUUAAAGAUUUGCAAUUUAGAGGGUUUUGGAUGACUAGGUGGUCAAAAGAAAACGCUUCUAGUAUAGAAAGGUUUGAAAUGUUAGCAGAAUUGAUUACUAUGAUGACCAAUAAUGAUUUACAAGGGCCAGCUUAUGAAUUUGUUGAUUUCAAUAAUUAUAAGGAAGCCUUAUUAAAUACUCUAACUAUUAAAGGCAUGAUUGGAAAGAAGUAUAUUUUAAAAUUUGAUUAAGAAAUAAAUGUAAACUCUUGUUACGAUUUGUUAAAAGCAAUUUUGAUUGCAAAAGUUAUGUCAUGUGUUAGAUUAUAUGUUACAGUUAGGGUAUGUUAAAAGAAAUAUAACUUAAGAUUUUAAUAAGGAAUAAAAAUAAAACUCUUGUUAUGAUUUA